GUUUCUGUAGAGCUGGUCUCAUUGCUUUCUUUUCUUUCAACACGUUCACUUACACUUUAUAAUCUGGGUCUGCUGGCAGGCUUCCUCCGUUCUUUUCAAAUUUCCAUUAUCUCGUCUUGGUUCCCCUAGUUUCGACAAGAUGGGUUUAGGUGUUUUAGAAGACCGCCGAAUGGCCGCGCCUCCGGGAACGUCCACUCUUGGCGCUGCUGAGGAUCCAGCAGUCGAUACUUCGGGGGUGAAGCGUGAUGGUGAUAUUGUUCUCCAGCCUCAGCCAUCUGACAGUCCGAAUGACCCAUUGAACUGGUCUGCAGCGCGAAAAGAAGUCAUCAUGGUAAUCCUGGCGCUCAGCUCUGGCGUGACAACUUCUCUCGGCCCAAUGGUUACUCCCGGUCUGCCUCUCAUCGCACAGAAGUAUAAUGUUAGCAUCGACAUGGUAGCCAGUCUCGUCAUUGGAUUUCUCGCGUUUUGGACUGGGUUUACCACUUUCUUCACCGCAGCAGGUGCCAACAUCUGGGGCAAGAGACCGUUCUUCGUCAUCUCGACCAUGAUCUUGCUUGCCACAAACUGCUGGGGUUACUUCACAACAUCCUUCCCAUCUCUUGCUGUUAUGCGGGUGAUCCAAGGUAUCGCCUCAGCACCGCUCGAGACUCUCGUCACCUCAGCCGUGUCGGAUAUGUACUUCGUUCACCAACGAGGCACGCGAGUCAGUAUUUGGGGCUGCAUGUUGGCCAGCGGAGUGCUUCUUGGCCAGACCAUUGCGGGCGCCAUCAUCGAGAAGAUCUCAUUCGAGGCCACCUUCGGUAUCUCCGCGCUGAUCUUCAUCCCCAUUCUUCUCGGCAUGUACUUCUUCGUGGUCGAAACAACGUACUACGGUACCUGUCCUGGCUCACAGAAGGAGUUUGAGCCCGAAGAGAAGAGCUCCGCUUGGUCCGAGUACGGCGAAGAAAAGGAGACAUACCGCCAGCAACUCGCACUUUUUCGUGGCCGCCUCUCCUCUGAGUCCUUCUGGCAGAACGUAUGGAAGCCUGUUCCGCUCAUUGCCUAUCCUGCCGUACUCUUCAGCACCGUAGUGUAUGGUACAUACUUCACUUGGCUACUUACCAUCUCCGUUCUCUCUGUCUCCAUCUUCUCCGCACCGCCCUACUCCCUCGGACCGGCGCAAGUCGGACUCACCAACCUACCUCUUCUCGUCGUCGGACUCAUUGGCUCACCGCUGUCAGGCUGGGCCGCCGACUUCGUAGCGAAGUUCAUGGCGCGCAGGAACAAGGGUGUUUUCGAGCCCGAGUUCCGCCUCACGCUUAUGCUGCCUGCCGUUUUCUUUGCGACUAUCGGAUUCUUGGGCUUCGGCAUCAGCGCCCAGCGCGGUGAUUCUAUCUACCAGCUCAUCGCGUUCAUGUCGAUUCACUCUUUCAGCGUACCGUUCGCAAGCACAGCAAGCUUGACGUAUGUCAUCGACUGUCAUCCGAAGGAUGCAAAUCAGGCGUUUGUCACAAUCAAUUUUACGAAGGCGGUGCUUACAUUCAUUGCCACGACGUAUGCAAAUGGGGUUAUGGCGAGUAUUGGACCGAGCAAGGUGUUCGUGGCAAUCACGAUGAUCAAUCUGGGUGUUUGUGCACUGACUGUUCCUGCAUACGUGUUUGGCAAGAAGUUUAGGGGAUUGGUGGCGAGGAGUUCUUUCGGUCAGAAGCUAUCAAGUUGAGGUAGCAAGCUGCACGCUUGAAGAACAGUCUCACACUGCAUUCGAGUGAUCGCAAUAAUGUGAACGCUUAUUUGCUCAUCCCAUCGUCGAACUUUACAAGAAUCUCAUCAGUCCAGUACCACAGUUUCUUCGCCAAGUCUUUGUCCUUCACAAGCGGCGUCAAUUUCUCUGUGCAAUAGACGCCUACCGGUUUGUAAAAACCUCCAUUAACCAACUCCUCCCUCGUCGCUCCGGCAGCGCACCAAAGCUGAUUCCACGCACCCUGAUGGAGUUCCACCGGGAUGGUUCCGUUGAGCCGACACCCAAAAU